AUGGAUAAAAAACAUAUUGAACAACUAGCAUCGUCAGAAACUGCUGGAUUAGCAACAAGGAAUGCUGAAAGUACUCAACAACAAAUUGAUUCAAUCAAUGAUGAUGACGCUUUCUAUAGUGGAAGUUUACCAGCUGAAGUAUUACGUCGUGUAAACGCCCUUCGAAACCUUCAACUUGAACAUCAUAACAUAGAAGCUAAGUUUUUUGAAGAAGUCCAUGCAUUAGAAUGUCGUUAUUUGAUCAAAUAUCAACAACUUUAUGAAAAUCGUUGCAAUAUUAUUAAAGGUAUAUAUGAACCAACAGACACCGAAGCUAAAUGUGCAUUUGAUGGAGAAGAUAAUGACGAAGAAACAACAAAGCCAGCUGAAGAUGAAAAUAAAGGAGAUAAGGUAGUUGGUAUUCCAGAAUUUUGGUCACUAGUAUUAAAAAAUUCUGAUGUUAUAUCGGAAUUAAUCAAAGAACACGAUGAUGAAAUUCUUAAGCAUCUCGUUGAUAUUCGUUUGAAAAUGCAAGAUGAAACUAAACAAAAAGGUUUCACUAUUGAAUUCGAAUUUACACCAAAUGAGUAUUUCACUAAUACAAUACUGACAAAAUCAUAUGAACUUCGCAUGGGAAUCGAUGAACAUAAUCCAUUACAAUAUGAAGGACCCGAAAUAGUUAAAUCAAUAGGUUGCCAAAUUCAAUGGAAUAAAGGAAAAAAUGUUACAGUAAAAACAAUUAAAAAAAAACAAAAACAUAAAAAUCGUGGCACUGUUCGUGUUGUUACCAAAGAAGUACAAACAGAUUCAUUUUUCAAUUUCUUUUCACCACCAAAUGCACCCGAAGGUUCUGAUGCUGGAGGUGAGGAUACUGACGAAGUAAGAAUGUUAGCAGCUGAUUUUGAAAUGGGCCAUUUGCUUCGAGAUUCAAUUAUACCAAAAGCUGUACUUUAUUAUACCGGUGAAGUUGACGAUGGAGAAGAUGAAAAUUAUGAUGCAGAAGAAGACAAUGAUGAAGAUGACGACGACGACGAUGAUGAUCAAGACGAAGAUGACAAAGAAGAUCAUGAAACCCACAGUAGUCAUCAUCAUCAUCAUGCAAGUGGUGGUAAACAUGGUUCCGGGGGUAAAACUAGAGGAAAAAAGCAAUCUGGCACUGGAGGUAGUGAUCAACCACCCGAAUGCCAACAACAGUAG